CAUUUGUUGUUGUUGUUGAAGUGGUUGAAGUCGUUGAAGUUUCCUGAUUGUUCUAUCUCUAAACUCUAAAUCCAAACAUCUCUUCUUGGUUGUGGUUUUCGUCGUAAUUCCCUGCGUCGGUGUCGUUUUGUGCCAAGGAGUAAAAGAAAUAAGGUGAUAGUUGUGUGGAAUUUCAGUAGUUUUCCCUAGUGCUUAGUUUGUUUUCCUCGUAAACGUUUAGUUUCCAAAAUGAUAGAAGUCACUUGCAAUGAUCGACUAGGCAAGAAAGUACGAGUCAAGUGCAAUCCAGAUGACACUAUUGGUGACCUUAAAAAACUGAUAUCAGCCCAAACUGGUACACAUUGGGAGAAGAUUGUACUAAAAAAAUGGUACACCAUUUUCAAGGACCACAUCAAAUUAGGUGAUUAUGAAAUCCGUGAUGGUAUGAAUUUAGAACUAUACUACCAGUGAUUGGCAGUUAUACUUGUCAUUAUGGAAAAGUGUUGUAUGUGGAAAGAUGAAUUGUGAUUCUGGUUCUGUUGUGUGUGCAGGAGUAAAUGUGAGUGUAGAGCUUGUUAAAGUAAGAAUUAAUUUAUGGAAAAAAAAAACUGUUGUUCUCAUACAACUUAAGUGAAUACUAAAGGUCUAAUAUUGACUAAUAUGGGAAUUAUUUGAAAAUAAAGUACAAUUUCUUAUAUUUUAAUCAA